UAAAUGAUAUGGAUGACCAAGAAACAUAUAAACCAACUUGUUUCCUUCUUUAAGUUGAGGUUUUUGGUUUUUACUUGUCAACCAAACCUUGUCUUGAUAUAUAUACAUCUGAUUAUCCCAACCAACUAGUUGCCUUUGUUGAUCUCUUUCCAUUCCCAUUAGCAUGAAGGUGGCAAAGUUGUUGGUUGUGGUCACUCUGGCUCUGCUCUUAGCCACCACUUUCUCAGCAGAUCCUGACCUUCUUCAAGACCUCUGUGUUGCCGACUUUGCCUCCGGUGUGAACGUGAAUGGAUUCACAUGCAAAGAGGCAUCCAAGGUAAAUGUCACGGAUUUCUUCUCCAACAUACUAGCUAAACCAGGAGGCACCCCCAACACCUAUGGCUUAUCAGUGACAGGAGCCAACGUUGAGAAAGUGGCAGGACUCAACACCCUUGGUGUGUCUCUCGCAAGGAUAGACUUUGCCCCUGGUGGCCUCAACCCACCUCACACACACCCACGUGCCACUGAGAUAGUGUUUGUGCUUCAAGGUCAACUAGAAGUGGGGUUCAUCACCACAGCCAAUGAGCUUAUGUCAAUGAUCAUCAACGAGGGUGACAUAUUUGUGUUCCCAAAAGGGUUGGUUCACUUCCAAAACAACAAUGCUAAUGUUGCUGCUGCUGUCAUUUCAGCCUUCAAUAGCCAACUUCCAGGGACACAGUCCAUAGCUACCACCUUGUUUGCUGCCACGCCAUCUGUUCCAGACCAUGUCUUGACCAAGACCUUCCAGGUUGGGACCAACGAGGUUCAGGAAAUCAAGUCUAGGUUUCCAGUUCCACCUAAGAAUUGAAAACACCAAGGAACAACUCAUAUCAUGAAGGAGAAGAAUGAAAGCAGUGGGGAAGGAAUAUUCAUUUGUUUAAUAAUUUACAUUUGAAAGAUGAUUGCACGUUUGGUAACUAAAUUAUCCGUUGUUGAUUCGUUAUUUCUGGCUUGUUAGUUAUUCUUUUUUGAUGGAAUAGUGUAAGUUACUCCACACCAAGCUCUCACUUUUUUUUUUUUUCUUUUUCUUUUUCUUUCCUAUUUACUUUUAAAUUACUGAAGCUUCCUUGUACCUACCAGAGCCACUAAAUUCAAUGUCUCAACGUGUAGGAA